UAAGCAUGUGGACGCAUCGGAUGAUAAGGUGGACUAAAGCCUAUAAAUACGGCUGGCAGCCUCCCAACUCUGCUGCACCACCUGAUGAUCUCUGCUGCCUGAACCCCACCGUCCUCCCUUCUGAGUUUAACGUGUCAUUAUUUCGGUUCAACUCUUCUUAAAUUGGAAGAAGCGCCGUCAGAAGGGCCGUUUUAGGUCUUUUCAUGUGUGAAAUAAUCGCGUCCUCGAUCUAAUACGAUGUCUCCCUGUGCGUAAAAUGCCGCGGUCAGUGCGUCCUGGCGCGGACUGUUCUUUGGAAAAUGUGCGGUGUCAGUCGCGUUUACUUCACGCCCCGCUGCUGUGGAUCGGUGCUGAGCAGGAGUGGCAUCUCGGCGACAAAAUCUGGAUGAAAGAGCGUCCUUUAGAGCUCCGGCAUGCAUCGAGUAGUGAGAUCAUUGGCGUUAUAAAUAUCUCCGUGCCAGCAGAACAACUCCAGCUACUGCAGCCGGGGUAAUGCCCAGGAGCGCUGCAUGCGUGUGUGCGCACGGUUUGUGGUGGCCAAACCUCAGGAGCGACACCAACAAUGCUAGAAGUGGCCUAGCGGGUGUCUGCUUUUUGGAAGAAUGAAUGUUCCUCUUUAUCUUUUGACCGUCGCUCACUUGAUUUGCGCCGCCGCCGGAGCAGAGCACGUCUCUUUGGAGCGCCAACUUCUGGAGGAGGGGAUACGCUCUGGACGCAGGAUUUGCAGGCUCUACUGUAGGGUUGGCAUCGGCUUCCAUCUCCAGAUUCAUCCCGACGGCAGAGUCAACGGCAGCCAUGAGCCCAACCAGCUGAGUGUCCUGGAGCUCUUUGCGGUUUCUCAGGGGGUCAUCGGUAUCAAAGGGGUCUACAGUAACAGAUUCCUGGCCAUGAAUAAAAGAGGACGGCUCUACGCCACUGAGUGGUUCACAGAGGACUGUAAGUUCAGGGAACGUUUCCAGGAGAACAGCUACAACACGUACGCCUCAGUAAUCUACAGGAACCACAGGACUGGUCGCGAGUGGUUCGUGGCCCUCAAUAAGAGAGGGAAAGCUAAAAUGGGCUCCAGCCCACGGGUCAAAUCCCAGCAUGUCUCCACUCAUUUCUUGCCCAGGGUCAGCCUGCACGACAACAGCGAGCGAGGCUUCACCAUCACAGACAGGAGCAAAGAGAGGAGGAAAACCCCGCCGCCUCCACCGCCCAAACCUCCUCUGGCGAAGGCAGUCCAUGCAGGAACAGCAGCGAGACGUACGCAAGUCAAGUACUGGCCCAAGUAUCGGUUUGGAUAGAUGUCCUAUAGGGUUUGGCUGUAUCUGAAGGAUACAAGGCUCAUAGACGUUGGACAUACAGUAUAAGUGAUCAACGUGCCGAAAAAUAUUGAUAAUGGUCAUUUAUGACGUUCAAAGCAUUCCGGGUAUCUAUGAAGUGUGUGAAAAGCCUCAAAGUGUGUGUACAUGGAGUAAUUCGUUAGUGCCCCUGC